GCGCUUGGUUCUUUAUUAUGUUUGCGCCGGUACGGGCUGCCGGUGUUGUCGCGCGCACCGUAUCUUGCAAGCGACCUCCAAACGGCUCUGACCUUUGUAUGCUGUGCAUUCGGCCGCUCAGUUUUCCUUUGAAGCGAUAAACCGCACGAACCUUCGCUCGCUCGCUGCGGCAGCUGCGCUUGCUGCCAGCGUUUUGACAGUGGUUGUCUGCGGUCAUCGAGUGUGAUUUAUUCAUGUGUGCUUGUGCGCGCUGACACCACGCUUGUUAAUUCAGUUAGUAGUGAAUGUGUCCAACUUUAUGCAGCCGAUAAAGCUACUAUCCCUACUCCGAAUAGCUCUCUGCUAAUUCGCUAUCGCCAUUGAUGCUUCGCCUUUCGGGCGAAACUGCGACAUUUUUUUUCCGUUCUUCCAUGAAGCGAACGGAUUUUUUAAAGGCCCGUUCGAUUCGCCUGCACCACUGUGAACCAGUUCGCGCACCGAUUCACGAAAAGCGCGGCACACGAAACAAAUGCCGAAGUGCUGACCCGGUGCAGGUGUGUGUUUUGUCCGACCAAUGUGCACGGCUUGCGUUAAAUAGGUCUUGAGCUGCUGGUGUAAUCGGCUUCGGAGACGUUAAUAUACCCGCGCUUGCCUAGACACGGCAGAUAGCCGUAAGCUGGGUUUUAACGGCGCUUGUGCAUGUGUGCUGUGUCGUCUGCUGCGCUGCUGCUUCGCACCUGUACCACAGUCUAUUAGAAUAUAAGGUAUGUGUACAUUCUAGGACACUGUACCUGCACGACUGCACAAAGUCGGCACCGACAGUAGAAAGGGCGCAGCAAAAUCGCGAACCAGCCCUGCACCUUUCCUGUAUAUUUUGAAACGAACGGCGGAUUUCUCAUAGGGUGUUCAAAGGCGCCAUUGCUGCACCGCUGAAACGAAUGAGCUGUUAAUACAGGUGAAUAGAACGUGUCAAAGCUACGUUCGAUUCACCUACACCACCUGCAAACCGUAGCGAAGCAGCCACUAGUACACUCUACAGCCACGGAAAGCCGGAUUGCGGAUCGAAUUAAUACAAACAUUAGUAUACAUUUUUUUUCGUUUUUGUCAUUCAAUGAUUCUGGUGCGACCCACGCGACUUGAACGCGCUUCCCGGUAUGCUUGUUUUUAUUGCGUAUCAUCCGCCGUAAUUAAUUAAAUAAUAAUGUACUUUUGCACUGGCGAUUCGAGAGAUGACUCAAAAAAAAAAGAAAAAAGAGAGCGUCGGUUCCUCGAUUUCCUCUCUCUCCUUUCGUCCUGGAAUUUGCGCCAUCGCCAUCGACGACAGCCUUGCCUUGUGCGCAACGUGGUAACCGAGGAGACUGAAGUCAACGUGUGCGUGAGCACUUAUGACAAGGCAAAGAGGAGGGCCAAGAAGGCGGAAUGCGAGUUGGCUGUGGACACCACGGAGCUGUCGGCGAUGCUGCUGCGGGUGCAGCUGAGGCAUGAAGUACGGGUCGUGUCUGAGAGGCUGGAUGAAACUGAGCCUCUUAACAAGACCCGUGCAGUGUCUCAGCCUGCCUUGUCGACGGUGCCUCCAGUUCUUCCUCGGCUACCUGCCGACAAUAUUAAAGAAUUAGAGGCAGCCGUGCGGGAUGAGGCUGUGGCUGCCACCUUGCGCAAGCACCUCCUGCAAAUAGGAGGGAAGUCACUGCGCGAGGUGGCAUCGUAUGCCAUGAAGGCUGUAAUGGCGCACCCCGUCCAAGUGCUUUACAGCCUUCAUAGCAGGAAGGGGAAGAGGGCAUUCAUCAAUUUGAAGUUAUGCCGGAUAGUCACAGAUGUCAUCUGUGCGAAAGGGGGGGGGGGCGACCUGACACAAGCACAGGACUUCAUUAAGUAUCAAAGCCCUGCACGAUAA